AUGGAUCCAGGGCAUCGGAUAAGCUUCAGAGCGAGGUCGGCGGUGGAGGUUAUAGACGACGGCUACAAGUGGAGAAAGUACGGCAAGAAGUCGGUCAAGGACAGCCCGAAUCCGAGGUGUACAUCCAUCAUCCUCUCAUGGCAGAUCGAUCGAGAUUCAGUCAGUCUGAAGGCCUAAUUUUUAUGGCAGGAACUACUACCGCUGCUCGACGGAGGGCUGCAUGGUGAAGAAAAGGGUGCAGAGGGACUGCGAAGAUCCGAGCUACGUGAUCACCACCUACGACGGGGUGCACAACCACCUGCGGCCCGGCGUUCACCUUCUACCCCCACCAUAG